UUAUACAUUGUAGGUGUUGUACAUUGUAAGUGUUAUACAUUGUUGCAACAUCACAGAAGUAUCUUUACAUUAUCGCAAACAACAGUAUUGACUGAUUAUAAACUGUUGAAAUUUCUUGAAAACAAUCGCAAAAUCAUGACAUUGUGCAUGGCCAUUGUGUUUUCUCCUGGAUAGCUAAUUAGGGAACAGAGACCGUUACCAGUCAUCACAGUAACAAGGAUAUUGUUCUUAAUGAAGAUUGUGGUGAUGAUCUAAUACAGUAGAACCUUGUAUAGGAGAUACCAUAUAUUAUUAUAUACUAAGAAGAGAACUUGCUUGAGGAAGAACCCUAAUUCUGUGGAUUAUUACACACUGUGCUACAGUAGCUGCUGGUGUUAAAACAAAAUUUUAAGGAGUGUGUCGCUGGUUUAGAUUUUAAGUGUCUGGGAUGUCGGAUGAUUUCUACCUGUCACUAGAGGACAUCCAGGAGGAUGAUAUUGUCAUAGGGGAGGAUCAGGAAGAGGACCCUGAAGAUGAGGAUAUCUCCCCAAACGACGGCGGUCCGAUGAAGCCACUGAACCAGCUCCAGGCAUCACAGUCCAACAUGCCCGCAGGAAGUGAUGUCAUCCUGUCGUUGCCAGGUAAUGCACGUCCAGCGGGCGAGGGACUCGUGAAGCACCACCUGGUGAUGGACGGAGGAGUGAUGGCCAUACUAAGGGAACUACACAAUGAACGGUCUAAGCUUCUGAAUGACAUAGGUGAUGAAGGGAAACAGAGGAAGUGGUACUUUGAGCAGAUAGAGGCUAUCAAACAGAAGCUGGAGGGGCUGCCAUUGUCUGACAAGUACCACAGACAGACUGAGAUGGCACGGCGUCAACUUGAGUUUGAGGUCAAACGAGUGCAGGAUGCAUUUCAACAGAAAAUGGGCACCAAUGACCAGAUAGUUCAGCGACAGGAGGCUAGACUGACGAGGGUACAGGCCAUAGAGACAGAUAUACUAAAGAUACAGCAACAACAGCACCAGCUACAGAUUGAGGCUACAGCUAGCCAGCAGGUCAAUGGGUACAGUCAGGAGCAGCAGCGGAACUACGGACACACAGGUGAUGAUGACGCCAACACAUCCAUAGCGACACAGACUGCUCCCGGUGACGACCAGAACUCGUCCGUUGUAAUGGACCCCGAUGCCAGCUUCAACAUUGGUUCACUGUAUCACGGGGCCUGGCCCAUGAGUCCUAUGAAGAAAGACUUGUCAGGCCGGGAGAGCCGUCUAGCGGAGACGGACCAGUCCACAGAGCUGUCAAGUGUGAUGAGUUUUAAUUCCACCAACAGUAGCCAGCAGUCCUCCGCGACACCCGUACCCCCGGGGAUUGCCCCACCCCCCGGUACAGGCCAAGCGCCACUACCUACGCAGACCCCACCGGGACAGGUGGCACCCCCUCUAUCACAGGUCCAGCCCCCACAGGUCCAGCCUCCACCACAGCAGGACCCUGUCAAUCCACCGCAGCAACUCGGAACCAAGGUGGAGAUGGUGUACUCGCUGCUGUCCAUGUUGGGGACACACGACAAGGAUGACAUGAGUCGUACACUCCUGGCCAUGUCCAGUUCUCAGGACAGCUGUAUCGCCAUGCGACAGUCAGGUUGUAUGCCUCUGCUGAUCCAACUACUUCAUGGCAGUGACAAAGACUCUGGGUUGCUAGGCAACACGAGAGGCAGUAAGGCUGCACGCGCUCGAGCAGCAGCUGCACUCCAUAACAUAGUACACAGCCACCCUGAUGAUAAGCGUGGCCGGCGUGAGGCUCGGGUAUUACGAUUGCUGGAGCAGAUUCGUGCCCACAGUGACCAACUGAGGGACGGACCGGAGGAGGAGGAGGCAGGUCGAUCAGGUAACAAGUCCCAUGACACGGACCACCAUCCGGGCCCUGCAGUGGCAGCAUUGAUGAAACUGUCGUUUGAUGAGGAACAUCGCCACGCCAUCUGUAGUUUAGGUGGCGUGCAGGCAAUUGCGGAGCUUAUCCAGGUGGACAAUGAUGCACACACCAACACGGAAGAGCAGUAUAACAUCACCAUGCGUCGCUAUGGCUGUAUGGCCCUCACCAACCUCACCUUCGGCGACGGAACAAACAAGGCCCUGCUCUGCUCUAUGAGAGGAUUCAUGCAGGCGCUGGUCAGCCAACUACUCUCCUCCUGCGAGGAUUUGUGUCAGGUUGCUGCUAGUGUGCUUCGAAAUCUCUCCUGGAAAGCCGACCUCGCGAGUAAGAAGACAUUACGCGAAGUUGGUGCAGCAAAUACGCUCAUGAAGGCUUCCAUGGAGGUGAAGAAGGAGGCGACGCUGAAGAGUAUUCUUAGUGCACUGUGGAAUCUUUCCGCUCAUGGAAGUGAAAAUAAGGCAGACAUAUGUUCAGUAGAUGGUGCAUUGGAGUUUCUUGUUGGAACUUUGACUUAUAAAAGUCCAUCAAAGACGACGGCAGUGAUAGAAAAUGGUGGUGGUGUGCUUCGGAACAUUUCCAGUCACAUCACGGUGCGGGAGGAUUACCGAGCCGUCCUUCGUAAACAUGCGUGUCUACAAAUUCUUCUUAAACAGCUGCGUUCAACAAGUCUAACCAUAGUUAGUAACGCAUGUGGUACGCUUUGGAACCUCUCUGCCCGCUGUCUGGAGGACCAGCAGGCAUUGUGGGACAUGGGAGCAGUGGGCAUGCUCAGAAAUCUCGUGCACUCAAAACAUCAGAUGAUUUCGAUGGGAAGUUCUGCGGCGUUGAAGAACUUGUUGAAUGCCUGUCCUAAUAUAAAAAACAUGAACAUGGACAGAAAGACGAACUUGAACCGUCCGUCGCUACAUGUGCGGAAACAGCGGGCAUUAGAAGCAGAAAUAGAUCAGAAUCUGUCCGAGACUUGUGAGAAUUUAGAGAGCCCCCGUGACAGUCCGACAGAGAAUGGACGUAACACUGAAAAAGACAGUAAUUCUCGUUUUCAAUUUCCGGCUGGUUCAGGUCAUCAGGUGCAGCAGGAACAUGACUCGCGGCGAACAUCCCGUGGAUCCUACUACCAGAGCGGUACACGAAGCGGGGAUAACACCCCAAUGUCUGACAGUCGCCUGAUGUCACCCAAACGAGUCGCCAGAUCAGGUAGUCAGGACAGUGUAGGCAGUACUCAUUCUGACAUAUCACACGAUCGCAGUCGCUUCCGUGCAGCCAUGCAAAAUGCAAGACAUUGCCAGGAGAGACAAGGAGGAAGUCUGGACCGAAAAACUUCUGGAGGGUCAUCAGGGCAUCAGUACGGAAAUUCGUCUUCUGAGGAGACGGGAUCUGAGCAAGGGAGUCACCAGGGUCAGCCCCACUCAUCAGGGGCUCACAUAGGACAGGUCAUGAUGGAAGUAGAGAGAGACAAGGCCUCGUAUCCUGUGAGGGGAGACAACUCUAGUCAGCAUGGCCCCCCUACCCCAGGGGGGCCAGCCCACCAGCUGUAUCGAAGCUUGCCUAACUCUGUCUCCUCAAUAGGCCCACAGCACAUGCUUCAGAACCACCAGUUUGUUGCUAGCGCGCCUAGCAACUGUAAUUCUAGUUACCCUUCCGGCCAGCAUUACUCACAAGCAAAUGACAAUGAUCAACCAAUUGACUACAGCCUCAAAUAUCACGAUAGUCAGGCUUCGUCCACCUCCAGUUACCAUGACAAUCCACCAUCACAGCAGGGCUCAAACAACAGAAAGGUUAGUGGGCCAGUUACUAACAUGGGCCCACCUGCUCAGCCUCCUCCCCAAUCACAGCCAAGGGUAAACAACUACAUGAAUCCUGGUUAUGAUCCCAAACAGGCUGUUCCAAGGUUUGUGCACCACCGACUUCUGGGAGAACAUCCUCGACAGAUCAAUCCCGGACCGUUUAUGCGCCCACCGCUCCGCCCGAUGAUGAGACCUCCCAUGUUACCGCCGGGCACAGCUAUGGUUCCCCCUCGGUUCAGUACUUAUGCAGAGACUGACCUGGACAGCGAUGACCAGCCAACAGACUUCAGUCGCCGGUACAGCGAGCAGCAUGAGGAAGACUAUCGUGACCAACCAAUAUCGUACAGCACACGCUUCCAGGAAGGAGAGGGGCCACGUUACCAGGAGAGCAAUCCUAUACACAUGCGCUACCAGGACACAGACCCAAACUGUGCUGAUUGUAAACUUGAGGAGGCACGCCGUACCAACGACAGAUUGGAACAGUGUACGCACAGUUUCCAUGACGACCAGGUGAAAACUUUCUACACUGAGGGCACCCCUCUCAAUUAUCUCUCCCUGGCUGCCUCAAUGACAGACCUGACAGGGAAAAAUGCCGACAAGGAGGAAUCUGAGGAAGGAGAAGAUGAAGAGGAGGAGGAGGAAGUCGCUAAUGAUGAGACACAGAAUUUCGGGUCCCAUUACAAGGAAUCAGAAAAACAAAACACCUCUUCUGUACUUUACAGUGGCGAUGCUGACAAUCGAAGUGUAACACGGCACUGUGAGUCAGACAUACGCAGUGGGAGUGGAAGUAUGGGCACGGACCAGCAGACAGGUACCACAGUGAUAACUAACUACCACCAUACACCCCCAGGCAGCCCGCCACCCCUCCUUGAUGACACAGAGGAGGUCAACGUCAUGGAGAGGUCAUUCCAUGCACGAUCAGAUGACGACUCAAGUCAGGAUCAAAUAAAGACGUACUGUGAGGAAGGCACACCCAUUUGCUUCUCCAGGGUGAGUUCUCUUAGUAGUCUACACAGUACAGAGGCCCAGGACAAGAUCGGAGCCGAGGGACUUAAUCGCCAGCUUGGGCUCACUAGCAUCAACGAAAAUGAAAACAACAAAUCGUCAAAUCGUGAGAUGAGUCCCAGUGAUCGCAGGGUCAGCACAGGGAAAUACACACCGUUGAUGGGCCGUCAGAAGCUUCUUAGUGACUCGGAUACACAGAGCUCUGAGUACGAAAAGGAGCACAAGACGGUGACAUUCGAUGACCACCACCACGUAGAAGAAACUCCGCUGAUGUUCUCGCGGUGUAGUUCACUUGGUUCCCUCAGCAGUUUUGAUGCUCACUCUGUACACAGCUCGGUGAUAAGCGAGUACAGUCGACGUGCCAGCGAGGUUGUGUCACCCAGCGAGCUUCCUGAUUCUCCAAGCCAGACAAUGCCACCAAGUCCCCGAGGAAAGUCACCUCAACCUGACGAAACUUCGAAAGAUUUGACACCCAAGAAUUUCAGUGAACCAACUGGGAUUAAAGGAUUUGGUGGCUCUCUUCCACAGAAUGUGGUUAAACCCAUGCCCUCCAACAUCAACAAAGGAACUGUGUUUGUUGAGACAGCAUCAAUAAUGGGCAAGGACGAUCGGCCGACUGUAUACGCAGACGAGGGGACACCCCCUCACUGCUCGGAUACCAACAGUAUUCUUAGUGCCUUGACAAUUGAUGAUAGUGAUAAUACCAAACAUUCAAAAGACACUGACAGUGAAGCUUCCAAACGUGCAAAGGACUCUGAUUCCAAUGAUUUGACAUUGACUCAUGAUCAGGAGAAGGAAGACGACACAAGUGUCUUUAACCGGAACGAGGAUAAGGAGAACUCUUCAAUGUCGGAAGUGUCAGAGGGUGAGGAAGACAUUCUCAAACAGUGCAUUAUCUCUGCCAUGCCUCCGAAGAUGCGGAGAAGUUCAUCUGAUAAUACCAUCAAGAAAAAGUCAACACAAUCUAAGUCAGAUUCCCAUAGAAGUAAGAUGCCAGUGAAACAAGGCAAAUCUAAUGGCAGCAAGUCAGCUCUGUCUCCGCCCUCCAAAGGGAAGACGUCACGAGGGGGAGGUAAGCAUCAUAGACAGAUUACGGAGGAAAACCUUCAGGAGGAUACAGUCAAGUCAUAUGCCUCUGAGGACAUACCAAUGUCAAGGCCACAGGGUCAUCUGAUGUCAAGGUCACAGGAUAGUUCCAUGUCAACCUCGCUGGAAACUUCUUCAUCAAGAACACAAGAAAACACUAUGUCAAGGUCACAAGAUUUCCUGACAUCGUCCCUCAUGAGAGUGGCAGAACUAUGUAAUGAUCCUUUUGAAGUGCCAAGUACAGCACAAGGUGUGCCAAAUGGAAUUGGACAAAAUAAUCAACAAGGGAUGCCAAAUGUUAUGGGACAAAAUAAUAUACAAUCAAGCAAUAAAAGCCGAGAUCUUCCAAAAGGAAAUCGACCACCAAUGAAUGUAGGACGAGUAAUGCCAAAUGUUUGUCACCCUCAAUCUUCACACAAACCAAAACCCCUGCUGAAGUUACAGGAUAUUCUGAGGAGAGAGGAAGAUGUUUUGGAGGAUAGUGAUGAUGUGCCAAUGUCUUAUGCUACCGAGGAUACGCCACUCAUGUCACAAGCCGUUUCCCCAACAACCAAAAAAGCACCUGUAGACAUGUUUAAUAUUGAAGCUGUCGCCAAAAUUGAUGUUCGGGUGGAUGACGACAUUGUGAAGCCGUACGCAAUAGAGGGCACACCAUACAAUGGUUCCAACCCGGGCUCACCGUCACAUAAGGCUGAGGACCCAGUGAGCACCGCCCUACAUAACAAGGUGACGCUCGUCGACCUGUCUGCUAUAGAACCCUUCAUGCCUGACGAUGGGGUUAAAACCUACGCCACAGAGGAUACCCCCAUCAACUUCUCUACCAACGGAUCGCUAAGUGAUCUGAGCAUCAUCACUAACAUGACAAAUGAGCUGCCUGAAACAUCAGAGAUGUCACCAGUGCCGGCGACCACAGCGGCUGAACCCGUGUCACCACAGGCCACUGCCACACAGCUCGCUAUGACAACAGUUGCACAAUUGCCACAAAAACAGCCAGAACCUCAACUAGAAGAAAACCCACAACUGGACGAUACUCGUUCGGACUGUAGCUCCCUCCUCGAUGAAAGUGACGAACUUUUGUCCGAAAUUAUUCUCUCAGGGAUGCCCAAAGGCAAAGUGUCGCGCAAGUUAGACAUGGAUCGUGCAGUGGAGGGAUCGGAAGUCAGGUCACCAGUCAAAUCCAGGGCUUCUAACCUCUUCUCCUCGGAACCAAAGAUAGUGUUCCAGCCGCAGCGCACUUCUAGUCACAUUUCAACUGCCAUGAACAACCAGCCCACCUCUAGUCAAAUUAUAAAGGCGGCAGAUAGCCAGGUCCCGUACAACCUGCCUGACUCUACCAAGACUUACAAUAUGGAAGGAACCCCCAUCAAUUUCUCAACUGCUACCUCACUCACUGACCUUACCUGUGAUCCUGAGGAAGAUCACAUCAAUGCAGGGGAUCCAUUUCAAAACACAACCUCACAGAACAGUCGCCCAGACAACAGGACCUCUUCGUUGCAAGAACCAGUUGUGAACUCGACAUCGGCGGGAAUGGACCAAUCAAGUGGCAACAUGCUAGGUACUACUGGUGACGAUUCUGUGUUUGUGCAGACAAUUGAAUCAUGUGACUCAGUCAAAGUAUAUGACAUGGAAGGUACACCACAAACAUUUUCCCGUAAUGAUUCUCUUAGUUCCUUGAGUAUUAUGGAUGAGGACAUUAAAGGGGAUUUAUCUUCAAUGUCUAAGUCCAGAAAUGACAGGAGCAAAACAAAUGUGACCAAACCACAGGAAAAACUGACGUCCACAACAGUCAUAAACAGCAGCAUUGAGCUUCAGCGUGAGGUCGAGGGUCAAUCCAGUGACGAGACAAAGUCACAGAAAUCAGAGUUAAGAAAAGGCUUGGAGGAACAACCAAAGACAUUUGCUGUAGAGGACACACCACAGAGCUUCUCUCGGCGUUCAUCACUGAGUUCGAUACAGAGUCAGGACGAUGCAACAAAGAACACAGAGGAAGUAGCACGUAAAGUUGAUCCAGCAAAGGACCAGGAUGAGAAAUUUACAGUGGAGGACACCCCCGCCGAUUUCUCACGGAACAGUUCACUCAGCUCACUGAGUAUGGAUUCCGACAUCUUUGAAGCAUCUGAACAGGCUUUACUGGAUGAGUGUAUCAGCCUUGCUCUGCCCAAGAGUCGCUCUGCAAGUGCCAAGCUGGAUGAGAAAUCAAAAAGUAAAAUUCCCCGUAGCAGUCCUUGCGGAACUAGCAUCCCCAAGAGAGAUGGAGCUGGAAAAGAUGGAGCAUCAAGGAACGGGAUGUCUAAGGAUGGAGCAUCGAAGGACGAUUUGGUUAAGUCUACCAGACAGGACAGACAGUCUUUGGACGCAGAAUUAACCAGACCCAAUGAGGAUUCUCACCGACUAGAAAGAUCAUUUGAUGCCAGUAUGCUGCCAUCCAUGAGACCCAAAGAGAAACAGACAGAUUUCAAAGUGCCAGCAUCGCAGUCUAUGAUGAUACCUAGCCGCAGUGGCAGGAGAUUAGACCGCAAAUCAGCGGACACAUCCAGGCGGUCUGAAAACCGCUCGUAUGAUCGUAGUGUUGAGAAGGACGCUCAGAUGUAUUACCAGCGCAGCUGGAAUCGACAGCAUGUGAAACAACAAUCCCGUAUGACACGCAGCUGCUCGUCAGCUGAGGAUAUGAGUUACCAAGGGGACCAGUACCAUGAGUCGCGUAUCGCCAUGUGGCAGCAACAACAACAACAGCUUAUGCAGCAGCAGCAGCAACAACACUUGCGUCUUCAACAGAUGGCCCAAAAUUUCAGCGCCGGCCAACAACAACAGCUCCAACAUCACCAACAGUUACAACAGCAGGUACAACAACAGCAACAAGAAGACAUGAUGAAACGCGGGAGCUGGCGUCGUUCUCGUUCUCAAGAUAGUGACGGAUUUCUGAAGCGACAGAAAGACUUCUCCAAUAUGGAGAUAGCCCAAUCUGUUUCCACCAUGCCUCAUCGCUUUCGGUAUUCCAUGGAAACAGUUUCGACUAGUGCAGCAGCUGAGAGUUACCAAGACAACAGGGUCAUUGAGGAAAGGGAAACUCGACAGCGCAAGAGUUUAUGGAACAGAAGAUCAUCAACUGAGAAACUAUCCAAGCGUGAUUCUAGCAGUAGUAUAGAGAAACAGGAUAGUGAGAAGUCUGAUCGUGACAGCUAUAGCUCUCACAGUCGCCGCAGUGGUAGCUAUGGUAACGAGCAGAGACUGAGUGGCAGCAGGCACAGUGUUGGUAGUUAUAGUAAUGACUCCAGACACAGUGUAGCCAGCCAUGACCAGGACCCCAGAGGCGCAAAUUUCUCUCAGGAUCCCAGACAUAGCAAUGCUAGCUACAGUAAUGACCUGUCAAAUAGCGAACCCAGCACUAGACGAGAUGAGGAGGAGGCGGCUAAAAUAGCCUUAAACAGAAUAGGGUACCAGCCCCCAGAUACUUCAGACGGGGCCACACAACGAAGUCCCUUCAAAUACAUUGGACUAGGUAUUGACAACUUCGGUUUUGACCCAGCCAGCUCUAACGAAGACAUCACAGAAAAUGUUGACAGCGCCGAUGUAACCAUGACGGAAAACUUUGGUAGCGGAAAUAUGACAAUGACUGAUGAAGCAAUGGAGUAUAUGAUGCAAAACGGCUAUGUAUAUUACGAAGAUGCAUCACACUCACACGAGCAUUCAUUUGAGGAAGAAAUUACACCAGAUGAUGAGCGGGCACUGGAAAUAAAUGCCAGCCUUAUUGUGAACGAGAUCCAGAGUCGGCAAAUGAUAGGCAGUGCAGUGGAUGAUGAUAUGUUUAUAGAGAACGAGACAUUAUCUCUCGUGUCAUGUGACUACACAUCAGAUACUGCAUCAGAAGUGUCCGGUACAUGGUCAGCCCAUUCAGAGAACUAUUCCGAGUCUACUAUGUCUCAGACAGAUCAGUCAGAAAAUUCUAAUGCAGGGCCGAGAAUCCUUAAACCUGGUAGCAAGCCUAGUAGUAAGCAUGUAGUGCAAGAUGACGCAAAAGCAGUGCGUGGUCGCCGCAAGCCACUGUAUAGUCCUCGAGCAAACAUGACAGCGCCAACACCGAAAUCUACACCAAAUCGCCAGGUGAGCUCCACUUCACGUAACGGGCAACGUCCAACCCCUAAUAUAAGCAAUAAGUCACCAAGUACAGCCAAAGGAACCGAGGCUACAAACUCUCGGCGUAAAGCACCCAACCAAAAGACACACCCACAGGCCAGUAGUACGCCUACUAAAGUAGCACCAGUAGUGAGUGGAAACUCACAGAGGUCAAAGAUUGGCAAACCAUCACCACCAGAGAGGAAAUCUACUACAGUGCUCACCUCACAAAGGCAACAAAUCUCCAAUAAAAACAGCCCCAGUCGCUUGCCAAUGGCGUCGCAAAACCGUAAGGGGAGCAGUACUGACCGACCGAAACCCCCAGUCAAACAGGGCACAUUUACCAAAGAGCCUACGGGAGUUAAUGCUCCAAGGAUCUCCGACUCUGAAUCAGCUUCAGAUACCUGGUCCAAAGCUCUGGGUAACUACAACUUCACUGAUUCAACAUCACCUGAGGCCGCCAAGGAGAACACACAGCCAGGAGUAAGGAGACUACAGGCGCCCAGUAGUAUUCCUACAAAAAAUAGGUCAAACAGUGGUGGAAAUACAGCCAAUAGCCGUAAUGGAACUCCAAACGGAAAGCCUACAACUAGAGUAUCGUCAAAUCUUAGCAAACCUAGUGGGAGUAACCUUAGGAAAACUAACAGCGGUUCCUCACUGACUAAGACAGGAAGUGGGUCUUCGCUUUCUAAGACAGGAAGUGGAUCCUCUCUGACGAAAACUGGUAGUGGGUCGUCGUUGUCCAAGACUGGAAGUGGUGCCUCUCUUAAUAAGUAUGGAAGCGGAGCUUCAUUAAAUAAGUCUAGUAGUGGAGCUUCCUUAAAUAAAGGAGGGUCUAAUCCUAACCUUAGGAAGUUUGGCAGUAAAGGAGAACUACGAAAGUCAGACAGCAAUGCAAGUUUGAAGAAUAAUUCACGCCCUUCCACACCUGUUGGAAGGAAAAACUCAGCCCCAGCUCCAAUGGCCUCUCAUAAAACAGAGCAGAAGACCACUCCCGGUAAAAAGCAGGUCAACAGCAAGGUGGCCAGUCUGUGGAGAAAAGACGACGUUGAAGACCGUGGUUCACGACUUCCUGUAUCCACAACUCCGCCUCAGAAAUCACCCCGAGGAAACACCAUCAACAUGACAAACAGUCGCCUACAGCAACCGAAAGGACGCACUAGUUCCCCAAGUUCCCGAGGUGAAGUCCCAGGUCAGAGAGUGUCGCCAAAUACUUCUAAUGCCAAGUCCACGUCGCUGGAUGAAAGUGACGGAAUCAGUCGGAGCUCUACCUACGACAAGAUCAGUGCUAUCAAUGACUCAAGUCAGUUGCCAUGUUUAGAUGGUUUCGUUGAAAAUACUCAAAAUGUGUCCAUCAAUAUUAUUUCACAUUCCCCCGAACAGGACACCAGUGGCGAGGAGAAAUAUGACAUUGAACAAAAAUCAAGUUCUGCCAACUCCAUUGACCAUGGUAUGUCGAGUGACAGUGUGUGUUCGCCAGAUCGCGACGGCGGGAGUGAAAGUGAAAAAGAGGCUGCUGAUGACUCUUUGUUCAAGCACCCUUCUCAGAUGGACCCCUAUGGCCUUAAGGUGCUAAAUCAUCGUGUUGACUCCAGCACAUGGAAAAAGAAAAAGUCGGAGACUUUAAUCGGAGAUUUACCAAAUGCAGAUGACACCAGUAAAUCCCUUGAGGCUGUGCGGGCCCUACUUGAUUCGUCAGCAAGUAUGACAGACAGCAUGCUUAACUCUUCAGUCACAGAGUACAGUUAUCUUGGCCAGGGCUCUAGUUAUCUCAGUCAGGGGAAUCAAACCAUAGACAGUUCAUGGCGGCGAAACCGCGACGAGUCGAUCUCAAGUUUCGCCCAGAGUGAUGACGAAGAAUCCAUUUGGGUGAGACGGGACGGGGACACCUCACGCUCAGAGCCUGAUUUCAGCAAACAUGGUCUGUUUCGGUCAAGUAAACGUAAAUCAAAGGGAGGCAACUCUGGCAAUAAGAGUUUUCUACCUAUUAAGGCGAUGAAACAAAUAUUUAGUUCAGGUAAAAGUGUCAAGAAAGUGUCGGAAACCAAAAAAGCAGCAUCAAGUAUGUCCCUCUCCACCUCCAAGGAAAGUCUGUUCAAAAUUAACAGAAGUGACACUUUAAACAAAAGUGAAAUUUUUAACAGAACUGAUUCAUUUGAUGAGGAAAAUUCAAAGAAAAAGGACGAGCAACAUUUAAAGAAAAAGGAAGAAAUACAGACAAAGAAAAAAGAGGAAAUUCUUCGAAAGAAGGAAGAAAGUUUGAAGAAAAAGGAAGAGAGCUUAAAGAAAAAACAGGAAAAAAUUGAAAAAAGAGAGGAGCAGAAAAGAAAGGAUGAGAAGAGGAAGGAAGAGAAGAAAGCUGCAAAGGCAGCGCUUAGUAAGUCAAAGUCUCAGGAGCUGAGGACAAGUCCCCAGGCAACAGUUCCUCCGUUUAAUUAUAAACCCACUCCUACAAAGGGGGAUAACUCGGUAACUAACUCUGCUAAAGGUAGCACCACCCAAACAAAGACGGUACCUUCUCCAACAAGGUCUAACAGUGUUAAUGAUGAAAACAAUCGUGAUCUAGAGGACUCUUUGGUGAAACCUUCGACUCCGAGGAAGAGUAUUCCUUCGCCCGGCGGACACGCUACUAAAACAGAAAUGUUGCAAGCCAGACGUAAGCAGACCUACCUUCAAAAUCUGAGUCUGAAGUCGGAGGAGAAUGCGACAGUGGAGAAGGGGCCGCAGGGCUGUAUCGUCACCACUGUAUAG